AUGGCCACCGGUCCCGCGACUCAAUCCCUGAAGUGUGUCGUGACAGGUGAUGGUGCCGUUGGGAAAACAUGUCUCCUGAUCUCCUAUACUACCAACGCUUUCCCCGGUGAAUAUAUACCGACCGUAUUUGACAACUACACAGCGAGUGUGAUGGUGGAUGGCAGACCGAUCAGCUUAGGACUCUGGGAUACUGCUGGACAGGAAGAUUACGAUCGUCUUCGCCCAUUGUCUUACCCUCAAACCGAUGUCUUUCUCAUCUGUUUCUCCAUCGUCAGCCCCCCGUCAUUCGACAACGUCAGGGCCAAGUGGUACCCGGAAAUCGAACACCACGCCCCCAAUGUCCCCAUCAUCCUAGUCGGCACCAAGCUCGAUCUGAGAGACGAUCGGGCCACCAUCGAAGCCCUCCGUCAGCGGAAGCAGGAGCCCGUCUCCUACGAACAGGCCCUCGCCGUGGCCAAGGAAAUCCGCGCACACAAGUAUCUCGAGUGUUCCGCCCUGACACAGCGUAACCUGAAGAGUGUGUUUGACGAAGCCAUCCGCGCGGUUCUCAACCCCCGACCCGCGUCAAAACCGAAGAAGAGCAAAUGCUUGAUCCUGUAG